AUGGACGCCGCAGACCUCCAACCCCAACCCAGCAAGGGGAGCGCCAAAUACGUCAUCAGAUGUCCAGAAGAAACCCCGGGCCGAACGUCACAUACGGGCAGCGUGCUGCAGUGCAGCGCCGCGUGCCAGAGCCGCGGUUCGGCGUGCGGCGCCUUCGUCACGAGGCGCACCGCGGGCGGCGUCCUGUGCGAGCUCAUCGGCGCCGUCCAGUCAUGCUCUGCCGCCCCUGGCGUCCACACGUACUGCUCGAAAGCCGCAAUGGCUCAGGGCGCCUCCCUCGGCUACGUCGGCGUCGGGAAUGGCCAGUACUACAAGUUCGUGACGGGAGGCGGGAAUUCGUGGCAGGAAUCGGUGACUGAAUGUGACCUGAUCUUCGGUUCGCUCUUCGCGCCGGCGUCCUUCGCGGAGUUCGAGGCCGUGCGAGCCCACCGGGAGCAGAACGGCCCCGGGGGGACCCUCUGGGUUGGACUCCGAUACGACGUCAACUACCCCG